GACACAUUUGUUCCUUGGGGUAUCAUUUCUCUUCAACAGUGGCGGAAGUGAAAUAAGACUACAUUAUUGCAAGAACAAGCUUUAUUCCUCUACGAUUGCUCUUUGGGGUGAAUAAUUCUGAUUUCAAACCAUGGCUGUCCGAGCUGGUGCAGAUGACUUGGUGAAGAUCACAAAUUUCACACGACAAGAUAUAGAAGUACUUCAGCACCGCUUCAUCGGGCUCCUUCCACCACAACAGUCACCAGGCAUAGGAAGCGAUCGUGACCCAUUGGCGGCAUUAUACGCAGGAAAGAUUGAUCGUGCUCGCUUUCGGGACUUGUUGGCAGAUGUGUUUGGGGUCGAUGACUCGCUCCUGAUGGACAGAGUUUUUCGAUCAUUCGAUACAGAUGCGGACAACUAUAUCUCAUAUGAAGAGUUCAUCCGAGGAAUGUCAGUUUUCCUGAAAGGCAGACCAGAGGAACGUGCGCGUUUCUGUUUUCGAGUAUACGAUCUGAACGGUGAUCGGUACAUAUCAAAGGAGGAGAUGUUCCAGAUGUUACGUAAUUGUCUCGUACGUGGCCAAGAGGAAGAUGAAGACGGUGUCAAGGAUCUGGUAGAUCUGGUCCUGAAGAAGCUGGACGAGGACAGGGACGGACGGGUGAGCGAAAGCGACUGGGCUACUGUAAUUGGAAAAGAGAACCUAUUGAUGGAAGCGUUUGGACAAUGCCUGCCGCGAAAAAAGACAGUGGAGCGAUACUUGAGUCCAGCAUCAGAAAAAGAUGGCGUGACUGGUAGUAAACUGGUCCGGCUGUCUCUAACUGCCCCUUAUCCAUCCUACCCACUCGCCGCUCGCCUCACUACGGGAGCGCUUGGAAGUAGUACGGCGAGUCUCACAAGUGAGCUGGGUACAGAUGCAGUGGAGCCAGUUCAACUCAGACAUGGGCAUGCCCCGGCACAACGCAGAAUGAUUGCCGGUCGUACAAAGGACUCGCACAGCUCAGCAAGCACGGUGCCGCGGAUGUCCGGUGUUGCAGGCGGCAAUGCUAGCAAUCAUUCCGCACAACCGAUCCAGGGUAAAAAGGGUCGUGUAGUUGCCCUCUGAAUGUACUUGUUUAGGUGAUGUUGAUGUGACAAGUGUGAAUAUGACUUACAAGCAUUUCACCAUUCUCGCUGAAGCUACAGCAGCUUGAGAUGGCCUGUUAACUCAGUUGUCGUACUUUCCGGGCCUGUAGAUAUCUUUA